AUGAGACUCUAUGCGACCUUGCUCAAUCCUUGCUCGCGAGGGUCGAACAAGUUGGUGAUGAGUAAAUUCUUGUUCUCUGCAUCAUCAUCAUCAACAACAACACCCUCUGGAAUGGUAGCAACACAUACUUCAUCAAAUUUAAUUUUCAAUAAUCAUCAUAAUACUUCAAGACAUUUUUCUUCGUGCUCUAUUCAAUGUGCCGAUGAAAGCCAGUCUUCGUCAUCUCCAUCAAGUUCUGACAGAAAGCCACAAGGGGAACGUAAACCUUUUGUGAAGAACUAUGAUAGACAACAAAACAAACAACAGCAAUAUGGAGGUGGUGAACGAAGAUUCAACAAUAGUAACUCACAACAAGGAGAGAGAAGACAAUUCAGUAAUCAACAAGGAGGUACCAAACAACCAUACCAACGAACACAACAAACCACCCAAAGUACACAAUACGUCAAGAAACCCUACUACAAACCAAGAACCACAGAAGGUGAACAAACAAGUCCAACCACUGGCACCACACCAUCUACUAGUACUGGUACUUCAGCCACACCCAAAGCUAAACGAACAAUUUCAAAAGAGGAAGCAGAAAACUUGUUAAAAGAGGCUCAAAAACUCAAGGAACUUCAAAAGAAACUUAACAAGAAUAGUGAAGAAUCGAGUGGUACUACUGCACCUGUUGAUGAUGAUGCUAUUGUAAUGGAAGAAGAUUUAGUUGAACCAUCAACGUUUGUAGACAAGAGCGCAUUGAGUGAAGAAAUUGAAAAGAAGAAAUACUUAAGAAGACUCGAAGGAAAGAAAACACCAAAUGCAGGUGAAAAAGCGGCAAGCACAAAAAAGAAGGGUGCUAAAAAGAGAGAAAGAAAAAGAGGAUCUGAAUCUGAGGAAUCAGAAGAGGGAGCUGAGUCGAACAAAUCGCUCCAAAUGCGAAAAAAGACCCAGGAUGAAGAGGAUAUCCUCAAAGUAGAUAUUGAGAUGAACGAAAAAUAUGCAGAGUAUCUUGACAGAAUGUAUACUGGUACUACCCCUCGGUUACUUGCAGAGCAACAGGCUCUUCUUUCUAAAAGAGGCCUAAUUCCUACAUUAUCUGAAAUGGGAGCUGAGCACGGAUCAAACUUUACUCCAAUGAUGAAACAACUGCUUGCUAAAAACCUUGUAAGAGAUGAGCAGUACGAAUUUCUUUUUAGUUAUAUGAAAAAUUAUCAAAAUCUUGCAAGAAAGAUUUUGGAGAGCAUGGAGGACAAGGAGAGAGCUACUGAACUUCAAGAAAUCUACCCAUUAUUGGCUGAAUCUUCGUCUCUUGAAACUACUUCCAGAAAGGAACUUGAGGACAAUUUUGACAAGCCAGAAACAAGAGCAACUCUGUAUAGUUUAUUCGAUCCUGAUUAUUUUGUGAACAUGGAGGCUGUUGAGACAAAGGCUGCCAAAGAUUUGGAACGAUUGUCCAAAGAAGGACAACUUACUCCACAAGUGUUGGAGCCAUACAAACAAGAAAUUUCAACAUCGAUGCUCGCUGAAAAACUGUUGGACUACUUCAAUAGCAAACUUUUCACCUUACAAAUUGGAGGUGUUGUUGGCGUCUUGUUGCAACCUGAAACCAUCAAACGUAUGGCAGAGGACUGUUUUGAUACAGUCGUAAGAAAAAGAGGAUCAGCGGCUAUUCCAUAUCUUCCAGAAUCUGAGAGAAAUUUCAUUGAAGAGAGAGAACGCAAGUUGGAAACUAAAUAUGGAAUUACCAGAGAUAAUUUACAUACCUUUGUUUCUAAAGAUAAAAUGUACCAAGAAGACACAUUCCAAAGUUUAAAUGGAAGAAUUGAAGAGUUACUGUCAAAGAAGCGUUUGAAUAGGAUAGCCAUUGAUAACCGAUUUAAACUUGAACAACCAAAUGAAGAUUUCGACCAUGAGGAUGCUUAUUAUUAUGGAGAUGAGGAAAAUCCAGUUGAAAGGAAAAAAGAAAUAUCUAGAGCUGUUCAAGCGUAUAUGGCAGACUACGAAGGCCUUCCAUUGAAGAACCACGUGUCAACCCUCUUUGAAAAAGUGAGACAAAGAGUGUAUCUAUUGAAAAGAUUUGUUUAUGAACCAAAGUUUGAAACGUUGGCUUAUAUCAGAGACGUUCCAUUCUCCAGUGGUCUGUAUCAUCAUGCAGGUAAAACUGGAAAAUAUGCCAAAUUUGCUCCACUUGAAAGAAACUUUGAUGAAAUUAUUGAGUCCAAUACCGCUCCAGACACUGUAGCUAGACUUGUACUCACCAACUACUCACGUGCUUUGGGUCAAAACGACACUCUAGAUUUCAAAUCCAAGAUGGAACUCAUGCACAGAUUUGGAGCAUACGUUAAGAAGGUAGAUUCUGAAGGAGGAGUGGAAAUGCCAAGUCCAAUUCGACCUGGUAAGCGCACACACAUGCAUCCUAACAGAGUCAAUCCUCGUGAUGCUGAGCUUGAUGUAUACAAAAUUGAUGACGAAAAUCAUCCAUUCUGGAAGGAAAUAUUUGCUAAUAUUGAGCGUGUGCAACAAGUCUCACAAAAGAGAAAGGAGAAAGAAAUUAAGAAGUCUAAUAUUGGCCGAGGAGGAAAACCUGCUCCAGUCAAGGCUAAGAAAAAGUAA